AUGGCAGUACCAAGUACUGCCCUAUAUCAACAUCCAAGGGCAAGAUCCGGAUACCUUGGAAACAACUCAGACCCGGAUUACAACAAGUGCUACGGCACUUCGAAGCGGACGAGCAACAAUGUCCAAAGAUGGCUGGAACGACAAGCCGGCUGGGAGACCAGAUCAAAGGUCUCAGAGCUCCAAGGUCUAGCCAAAGACCUCGUUGCACAGGGCGUUCAGAUGCCGGCCAACAUCUUGGACGACCUCAACGCGGCUAUCGACAACCGGAGACUUCUCAACAAUGUCCACAAAGUUCGAGGAAGCUGCGACAAGCAGCACAUGUUCGCCCUUGCUGCAUUUGAGAAGGUCCUGGCAAUCUUUCAACAUUCUCAACCCCUUUCUCGAUCUUCCUCCUUCAGCUCUUCCUCCUCCUCUUCUCCACACAACUCUCCACCCCUGUCACCAACCCGACCAACACCAAUGAUCGUUCAGAAGGAGGUUGUCACCCCUCUAUUGAAGAGUGGCAAUUCAACUUUCGGCCACCCAUUCCUCAAUAUCAAGCCGACAUAUAUGGAAGAGGACCCAAUGUGGAAGUAA